GUUAGGAGCGGAUACUCGACAAAAGUAUUUUACGCAAGCCACGGCGGCGAGACAAUCCGUCUUCGUCCUUCUUUCGAAGGUUCGGAGGGGGGCACCGCGCCCGUCUGGACGGCUUAUUGUUGGUUGCCCCCCCCCUUGUCCGGCCAUCUUACGGUCAACCAGGAACGAUAUAUCACCAUCCCGGUGCCGCAGUCCCAUCAUCCUCCAUCCUCGGUUCAUCUCAUUGUUGCUGUUAGUUGUUAGUUGCCGUCUCUAAUUGGCUCAACGUCGGCCCGGGCACCUUCGACUUCGAGUCAUCCUAUAUCACCACCAUUUCCAUCGACAAUCAGACCCCUUUUGACAACCCAUUGAGACUUUGACACCCUCAUCACAACAAACCGCAACCAUGGAUGAGGACCAGGGGCCCUCCCACAUCGCUCCUCAUGCGAUGCCAAAGAGGACCAUCGGCGACCGAGUGACUGGCUUCACACGAACCCUCACCCACACCUUUCUCACCAAGGAGGGAUGGCUAGGCGACUACGACUAUGGCUUUCUCUUCAGGCCCAACCUGCCCUUCAUGAGGAAGAUCAACAAGCCCGCCGUCUUCUUCGGCCUCAACGACAGGAUGCCCGUCCUCCUCGCCCUUAUCCUCGGUUUCCAGCAUUCCCUCGCCAUGUUGGCUGGCAUCAUCACUCCUCCCAUCAUUCUGGCUGGAGGAGGUGGUGCCAACUUCACCGCUGAGCAAUCGCAAUACCUCGUUUCGAGCGCCCUCAUUGUCUCUGGCCUGCUGUCCUGUAUCCAAAUAGCCCGAUUCCGCAUUCUAAAGACGCCCUACUACAUUGGAACGGGCCUAAUCUCCGUCGUCGGCAUCUCCUUCGCCAUCAUCCCCGUUGCCACCGGUACCUUCAACCAGAUGUACGCCAACGGCAUGUGCCCCACCGCCGCAGACGGCACUCGCCUGCCCUGCCCCGACGGCUACGGAGCCAUCCUCGGCACAGCUGCUGUCUGCGCCUUGCUCGAAGUCCUGCUCUCCUUCCUGCCGCCCAAGUACAUGCUGCGCAUGUUCCCGCCCAUCGUCACUGGUCCCACCGUUAUGCUCAUUGGCAUCAGCCUCAUCCAGUCUGGCUUUCAGAACUGGGCUGGCGGUUCCGGCUCUUGCGCGGCCGCCAACCCCCUUCCCGAGUACGUGGUGUGCCCCAACGUUGGCGCCCCUCACGCUCUUCCCUGGGGCUCGGCUGAGUACUUGGGUCUGGGCUUCCUCGUCUUUGUCACCAUCAUCUUCUGUGAGCGGUUCGGUUCCCCCAUCAUGAAAUCCACGAGCGUCAUUCUCGGUCUGCUCGUCGGCUGCAUCGUCGCUGCUGCCUGCGGCUACUUUGACCGCUCCAGCAUUGACGCCGCUCCUGUCGCCUCCUUUAUGUGGGUACAUACCUUCAAGCUCACGGUGUACGGUCCACUCGUAUUGCCCUUACUAGCCGUUUACCUUGUCUGCGCCUGCGAGGCUGUCGGUGACAUCACUGCCACCUGCGAUGUGUCCCGUCUGGAGGUUGAGGGUGAGAUCUACGAGAGCCGUGUCCAGGGUGGUGUGUUGGCGGACGGCAUCAACGGUAUCCUCGCCGCUCUGUGCACCAUCACGCCCAUGACGACUUUUGCUCAAAACAACGGUGUCAUUGCCUUGACCCGAUGUGCCAACCGAACCGCUGGUUUCUGCUGCUGCUUCUUCCUCAUCAUCAUGGGCGUCUUCUCCAAAUUCGCCGCCUCCCUCGUCGCCAUUCCCUCUUCCGUCAUCGGUGGAAUGACCACCUUCCUCUUCACCUCCGUCGCCGUCUCGGGUAUCGCCAUCAUCACCCGCGGCGUGCCCUUCAACCGCCGCAACCGCUUCGUGCUGACCGCCGGUCUGGCUCUCGGCUACGGCGCCACGCUCGUGCCCACCUACUUUGCCACCUUCUUCACCUACAAGGGCGACAACAAGUCGCUUCAGGGUUUCCUGGACGCCAUCGAGCUCAUCAUGGAAACCGGCUUCGCUGUCACCGCGCUGUUCACCAUGUUCCUGAACUUGGUGAUUCCUUAUGAGUUUGAAGAUAUCGAUGACCAGGCCGUCGAGGGCUUGCCUACCGGUGUGGCGCUUUCCAAAGAGGGCGCGCCCGCGGGUAUGGUGCCGGAAAAGGGAAGCUUUAGCGCCAGCGGGGUCGGUAGUGAUGAUAUCAGGCCGGUAGAGGGCGGAUCGGGGAAAACGGUCAAGGAGGCUUGAAAGUCGUUUGUUAGGUCUGUGGGUAUGGGUUCGUGGCAUGACAAAAAGGAGUUUCUUUAACAGGACUUUGGUGGGCUGGCUGGGUUUGGGUUUCUUGUCUUCUUUUCUAUCUUUCAAUGUUGCUGAAAUAUGCCGUUUGAACGAUCAUUAAUCUGGGACGGGAUCGGAUGGGUAGAUUGUUUAUGAUGGAGAUACCAAUUGGGACGUCGACACCGAAAGUAUUGGUGUUUC